CUCGAUCGCGGGAAGCACGUGCACCUGCUUCGAUGCAGCAUUAGAAGUUGGGCGGCGCGACCCGCGCCUUAUUUGUAUUUAUUCAUUGCUUUCGCGUUGCCUUCCUGCCCCGCUGGGAAGUUUUGAAACCACGAGAGCGAGGUGAUCGAGUUAAGGGGAAGUUAUGAAUGACUGGAAACCAGGAAGUGAAAACUUCAUGCUGUCAUAGGGAAAUGGAGCAGAUAGACAAAACAGGAUGGCUUUCUUUUUCAGUUUAAAUAGACCACCCUGCAUUCUGCUUUAGGGAAAAAAGUAUCCAAAGAAAUAUAUAAAAAGGAAUAUAAGGCCAGUUUUCCUUCUGAGAGUAAAAUCACCGGAUCUCGUUUAAAGCAAGGAAGGCUAACGGGAAUUAUCUUGGAAAGAGCUAUCAAGCAUACUGUUAUUUCCUGGAAGCUCGGUUCUGUCCCUCCUGCUCAGCUUUGCCCAGCUCAAAUAAUACUUAAUAGACUUUUUCACUCUCACUGCACGUAAAGGUGCAUAUACUUACCAAGUAAGUUUGGGAACCGCUUGUCGUUGAAUUUAAUUUAAUUUAAAACAGCGAGGUGUUUUUUCCGCUAUGAAUCUUUUAUCCUAUGGAUACCAAUGCUGAGUUAAUAGAUGAGGAAAACUGUUGGCGUCUUUUGGGCGUUGUGCUGGCACUGUGGACCAUGGGUUGCAUCCAGAGCAUUAGCUGCAAAUCCAAAGGCUUCCGGGAAAAUAUUACCGUCCUGGAAGUGAAGGCCUCCAUUGACCCCGUGCCUACCAAUAUUGACGAGUCGUCGAGCGUGGUUCUGAGAUACCGGACGCCACACUUCCGGGCUUCUGCACAAGUGCUUCUCCCGCCUCUCCCCAAGAAAGAGACCUGGAUUGUGGGCUGGAUCCAAGCCUGCAGCCACAUGGAGUUCUACAACCACUAUGGGGAACACGGAAUGUCAAGCUGGGAGCUCCCAGACCUGCUUGAAGGGAAGAUCCCGGCGAUAAGCGACUCCGACGGCGUCAACUACCCCUGGUACGGGAACACCACGGAGACCUGUACCAUCGUGGGCCCCACAAAGAAGGAGGUGAAGUUCAGCGUCAGCAUGAACGACAACUUCUACCCCAGCGUCACCUGGGCCGUCCCCGUGAGCGACAGCAACGUCGCCAAGCUCACCAGCAUCCACCGGGACCAGAGCUUCACCACGUGGCUGGUGGCCACGAACACAGCCACCAGCGAGAUGGUGACCCUGCAGACCAUCAAGUGGCGGAUGAAGCUGGGCAUCGAUGUGGCCCCCGGCAGACCGUUGGGGCAGCGGGCCAAGCUGAGGGAGCCUUCCGCGCAGGAGCAGCCGCAGGUCCUAAGCAGGAACGAGCCGAUACCGCCGAGUGCCCUCGUGAAACCCAAUGCCAACGACGCCCAGGUACUCAUGUGGAGGCCCAGAGAUGGCCCCCCGCUAGUGGUGAUACCUCCGAAGCACCGGUAAUGCGGUCCCCGUGUCCCCCCCCGUGUCUGAGGAGAGGGGGAGCGGGGAAAGGAGGAAGAAACAGAACCACUUCAUAGUUAAGAAAGCAUAUAUUUAAGCGGAAAUGUACUUUUUAAUUCAUGUGACAAAAAAGAAAAAAAAGCAACCAUUCUACCUUCUCCCGUCAGAACGGAUCUCACUGUGCUUUGAGUUCAAAGGAAGGACGCCCCUCGACAUCGAGAGCGGGGUGUGUCACCUGACAUCGCUGAAUUCCUAAGGAAGCAAACACCCACCUCCACACACAACACACACACACUUUCAGCUGUUUAAAAGUUGUUUUUUCCUUCCUUUGGUUGUUGUUUGAAGUUUAAUCUCAAUCGCUUAAGCUGAGAGACAGGAAAAAGUGUUCUUUUUUGAGGGGGGGAUUAAUACGGGAGAUUUGAUUUUGAGUUGGAAGGGGGAGGGUAUCUUUUGGGCAGGUGGGUGGAUGUGAAAUGCUACAGUUUCCUGGAGUGAAAUUUUUUAGUUUGCUUGGAUGAGGAUGGAUGAUAAUGAUGGGUGCUUUGGUUUUUCUUUUCCUCUCGUUUUCUUUUUUUAAGAAAAAGAUAUUCCAAAUUGCAAACCCAUGUCACGCGGCCUUAUGUAGAUUUUGUUUUGCAUUGCCAAACUUUUGCCUUAAGCUGCAUUUAAAAGAAGAAGAUUCUGUUUCGUGCUUGCUCUGUGUGCAAUAGGAAAUGUCAGAUUUUAUCACAGUGAACCUCUGGCGGUAGAGUGCUCUCUUUCCCCCUUGUUUUAACUGGGGUAAUGGGCAGAAACUCCUGGCAGAGCUCACUGCACCAAAGAGUGAAGGAAGCUGCACCUAUUAAAUUUCUGCCUGUCUACUGUUGUUAAUGCAGUUAAUGUAAUGUUUCCAUACUAGCACUGGUCUCUGGAACUGCCACCCUUUCUGUGUGUGUUGCUUAUUACUACUACUACUACUACUAUUAUUAUUAUUAGAGAGAGAGAAUCUGGUGACAUUUUACAGAGAUUCCAGACAAUUUGGUGCAUUCCAGUCUUUCCUUCGUUGUUUGUGGUGAUUUAAUUUAGCUUAAAGAGAUUAUAGGGCUUCUUUGCCUUUAAUUGAAAACUUCCUGUUUGCAGGUUUGGCAUGUUUUAUUGCUUCCUGUUGUGUGCAUCUGAGGAAUGAAUGUUGAGUCAGUUCAUAAUGAUCAGUUUCUGUUCCGUUGAGCCAGGAGGUGGAGGAGAGACUUUAAUGACUGCUUUCCUCCCAUGUUUUAUUUUCGUUUUUAUAGAGCAAAACAGACAGUAUUAUUUUUCUAUGGAAAAAUGGUCAGAAAAUAAUGGGAGCAAACCAGUUGUUAAAAUUAGCAAAAUCUCCCUUCCCAGCCAUCUUGCUCCUUGACAAGAACAGAAACUGACAUUCCAGGACUGUAACAGGAAGCAAUAGGAUGAACCAAAGCUGGAGGUUGGAAGCUUUUAAUUAACAUUGGAAGGGACCUUUGAGGAACUGGAUUGCCUUCUGAAUGAACAUUACAGAAGGACCUUGGGCAUGUAGAACAGCAUGGUUGGGGCACGCUUGUGCUGCACAGAACCCGUUUUAAAUCCUGCCUCAAAAAAGCAUUGUUGCUGCAGCACAAAGACACCGUGGAAGGGUAGCAACCUCUGCUUGGGGUGCAGGCGAGGAACAGUAGUCGCAAGUCACGAAAAGGAGAUCUGGCUUGCAUCUCUGUCCAAGGCAUAAUCCCAGUCAGAGUGGGCUAGAUGGGAAUGAGCUUUAGGCUUUGCUUCUCUGCGUGAGAUUCAUCACUGCUGGAGAACAGAUAGAGUGGCCGCCCUGCUAGUCAUGAGUCAUCGCUUCUAGAUGGAAAACGGUGUUUGUCUCUCUCUGCCUUGGGUGCUUUGCUUCAUUAUGAAUCCUUGCCUCUGUCAUUUCCCCUACCCUAUCAGUGUGCAUUCAUUUUGUGAUGGGAAUGGGAGAAAGACAAAUGAAACGUUUAAAUAUUGCAAGGGGGGGGGGGAAGGAGUUUAAUUUU